AUGUUGUUGCCCCUUCUCUUGGGCAGCAGCCUCAUGUCGGAGGCGUAUAGCCGAACAGUACCACAGCAGGCUCUAGUGGUGGACCAGAGAAACCUCAACGCCUUGAACACAGUUCCACCACCUUCAGUGUCCAAUCUGACCUCGAUCUUCUUCCCACCCGGUGUCACGGAAGAUGAAGCUCUCGCCAGACCCUUCCACGUCUACGACGAUGCCUUCUACGACAUAAUCGGACCUAAUCCCACUCUCACGGUCAUUGCCAGCGAGGGAGUCAAUCCUCUCUUUCACGAAGCCGUUGUCUGGUACCCUCCCACGGAUGAGGUCUUCUUCGUGCAGAACGCUGGCGCAAAGGCAGCUGGAACAGGGCUCAAUAAGUCCAACCAAAUCCUGAAGAUCUCACUAAGUCAGGCUGCUGCUGUCUCGACCGAGCGCAAUGCCAGUGGACGGGUAGAUGUUGUACCAAUUACCGCCAAUCCAGCGGUGAUCAACUCAAACGGUGCCACCAACUACAGGGGUCAGGUUGUCUUCGCAGGCGAAGGUCAAGGCAACAACACCCCUCCAGCUCUCUACGUGAUGAAUCCGGUUGAGCCGUACAAUACGACGGUCCUGCUGAACAACUACUUCGGCCGUCAAUUCAACUCGCUCAACGAUGUGGCCAUCAACCCCCGCAAUGGUGAUGUAUACUUCACAGACACACUAUACGGCUAUCUACAACACUUCCGUCCGCCGCCAGCCUUCCCAAACCAAGUCUACCGACUGAACCCGUCGACUGGUGCGGUCACAGCGGUUGCCGAUGGAUUCGAACUCCCCAACGGCAUCACGUUCUCUCCCGAUGGCUCCUACGCCUACGUCGCCGAUACCGGUGCACAAUACGCCUUUUACGGCUACAAUUUCACCGCGCCUGCUUCAAUCUAUCGCUAUACUGUCGAAUCCGAUGGCACAUUCAGCAACCGCAAGCUCUUCUCUUAUGUGUCUCCAGGUAUCCCAGACGGCAUCCAUUGCGAUACGAAUGGCAAUGUCUACUCUGGCGUGGGUGAUGGCGUACACGUCUGGAACCCUUCAGGUAUUUUGCUAGGAAAGAUCUUUGUGGGAAUGACUACGGCAAACUUCAACUUCGCGGGCAAGGGACGGAUGGUCAUUUGUGCAGAGACGGAACUAUACUAUGCCACGCUGGCGGCGGAAGGUAGUGUGGUCGCUAGUGAGAUGCCACCAAUGUAA